AUGAAUUAUAAUGGAACGAUUCUGGAAAAUAAUCGAACACUAGCUUAUUAUAAAAUUCAUAAAUGCUCAAUAAUCGAAGCUGAAGUUGAUUUUAAAGGUCCAACUGAAUAUGAUUGUACAUUUCAAGUAUACAUAGAUAUUCUGUAUAAAGACAAGACUAUCGAUGUUUGUUGUGAUAAGAUAAAUUCAUAUGUCUCUGAACUUAAAUUACGAAUUUAUGAGAAAACAGGCAUACUUCCAAAUGGAAUAAGUCUUCAUUAUUAUUAUAAACAUCUUCAAGAUGAUAAAAAAUUAAGUGAUUAUGAUGUUUCUCCUAGUGGCUUAAUUAAGGGUUAUUUAAGAUUACGUGGUGCAAAACCAGUGAUCUAUUUGUAUCCAAAGGAAGAAAUAGAUGCGAAAGUAAGUAUCAAAAUUAAUUAUGGAGAUUUUUCGUUCGUGUAUCCUUCAUUCGACGAAGAGAGCACGUGGAAUGUAAGAGCUCACCCAUCAGGUGAAAUUCUCCACAGAGGAAAAAAGCUUCGGUAUCUCUUCUGGGAAACAAUAUUCUAUCCUAAUCUCAAUAUGGACAAAGGAUUCAUUAUCAAAGGUGAAGAGAGUGUCUCUUUCUUUGAAGAUUGUCUUAAGUCUAUGAACCUCAACGACACAGAGAUAUGCGAUUUCAUCACCUACUGGUGUCCGAAGCUCCACGAAUACAAAUAUGUCAAAGUAUCCUUCCAGUUUGAAAACUUCGACGAGAUGUGUCCAAUGAACGUGGAACCGAAACCAGACAACAUCAACAGAAUCUUCUUCGCAGCCCUCCCUCUAGAUAAUCCAUGUGAAAUCGAGCCACAAGAACUUCCAACCUUCAAACGUGAUGGCUUCACAGUCAUCGAAUGGGGUGGAACUUUAGUUACACCUGAAAAACUCUAA